GUUAAACCCACAACUAACACUUUACUAAUUACCUUAAACUAUUGCGUAAACAAUUUUUACUAGUCACAUUAGUCAUAGGUUUCACUCAAAAUUCAACACCACCACUCUUUCUCUUGAUCCAAGGAGAACUUUUAUUCACUUAUUUAUCAAUUAAUUUAAUUAUUCAUGUGACUUUUUUUUUAAAUUUAGUUUCACUCAAUUCUUAAUCCAAUCGUUGAUUUAUACAUUAAGCGUCCCUCUUACUUGAAUCAAUUCUCUUAUUUUCUUGAAGCCCGCCAUUUUUUGCCAUCUGGGACGAAAAGCCCAACUUUGUUUUUAAGGUUGAAAUAAUUGUGAUAUUGAAAUAUUUGUGGCAUUUAUUAGGUGGGUUCAGGCUUGAGAGAUGGAUGCUGCAGACACGAGUUCAUUCUUGAGUUUGUUUGCUGCAGUCUCAUAUGGGAUUGCUUCAAUGGCAAUGGUUUUCAUCAAUAAGGCAGUGCUGAUGCAGUAUGCACACUCAAUGACUUUGCUUACACUCCAGAUUAUUGACUAGGUUUCUAUUUGCCAUGUUUGAGCUAUGAGCAGCAAUUGGCAACUACUUUGCUCAUUCAUUUUGGUAGAUCCAUGGGAUACAUGAAAGCCAGAGGACUAAAUGUGGAGACAGCCAAAAAACUUAUAUUUGUUUCGUUAUUCUACAAUGCAAAUGUUGCAUUUGCUUUAGCAAGUUUAAAAGGAGUAAACAUUCCAAUGUACAUUGCCAUCAAAAGAUUGACACCACUUGCUGUUCUAAUAGCUGGAUUCUUUACUGGAAAGGGAAAACCUACAACUCAGGUAACCCUUUCAGUUAUGCUGACAGCUGCAGGUGUAAUUAUAGCAGCGCUAGGAGAUUUUUCUUUUGAUCCUUUUGGAUAUAGCAUGGCUCUUACUUCUGUUUUCUUCCAGACCAUGUACCUUGUAUUGGUGGAGAGGUCAGGUGCGGAGGAUGGGCUGUCAUCAAUUGAGAUCAUGUUCUAUAACAGCUUUUUGUCUUUACCAUUUCUCCUGUUUCUCAUCAUCGCUACUGGAGAGUUUCCGAACUCCUUGUCAUUGUUGCUUGCAAAGAGUACUUCAUUAUCGUUUUUGGUUAUUCUUCUUCUUUCUCUGGUGAUGGGAAUUGUUCUCAACUACACUAUGUUCUUGUGUACCAUUGUUAACUCUGCUUUAACCACCACUAUAGUUGGUGUCCUCAAGGGGGUCGGUUCAACGACCUUUGGUUUCAUAUUGUUAGGAGGAGUGCAAGUGCACGCACUGAACGUUACUGGACUAGUAAUCAAUACAGCUGGUGGUAUAUGGUACUCAUAUGCGAAAUAUCACCAAAAGAAGAGCAAGUUGCCAAAGCUAAUGUCGGAUGUGGAAGCCCAUCGCAAGUGAAAUUCAUGCGGGUGGGUGUCCAGAAGCUGGCUUAAUAACUUAUUUCAUUCUUUGUUUAAAAUUUAGGU